AUUAAGCCUAUAAGAGCACAACAAUUAACAAAGCCACGAAUGUGCUAGCUAGUAAACUCAUGGAACCUUUUUCAUCCUUUGAAGGUUUUCUCCCCUCUUCGAUUUCGUGCAUCCUUUUAGUGAUGUUUAUUUGUGUCAAAUGGAUUUCAUUUGACAAGAAGAAUAGGAAAAACAUACCACCAUCACCACGAAAACUUCCCAUAAUCGGAAACUUCCACCAACUAGGCUCAAACCCUAAUCACAACCUCCAUAUCAUGUCCCAAAAGUACGGUCCGGUGAUGCUCCUUCACCUUGGCAGCAUCCCCACACUUGUAGCAUCAUCUGCCGAAGCAGCCCAUGAAAUCAUGAAAACCCAUGAUCUCUCAUUUUGUAGCCGUCCAAACUUACUUGUGCCCAACAUACUCUUCUAUGGCUCUAAGAGCAUAUCAUUUGCUCCUUAUGGGGAAUAUUGGAGGCAGUUGAAGAGCCUUGUGGUGCUCAAGCUUCUAAGCAACACGCGAGUUAAGUCGUACCAAAAAGUGAGAGAAAAUGAGAUAGUUCAUAUGAUUCAGAUGCUCCAAGAAAGUUGUGGGACAACCAUUGAUAUGGGAUCAACGUUUGCUUCCCUAACAAAUAACAUAAUUAGUAGGGUUGCCCUCGGAAAGAAACUUGAUGGACCCAAGUACAGAAAGUUAUUAAGAGUGUUUGUGGAUACAUUUAAUGUAUUUAAUGUUGGUAGUUAUAUUCCAUGGUUAUCAUGGGUAGAUCGAGUCAUUGGUACAGUAGGUAGAGCAGAAAAAAUAGCUAAAGAAUUUGAUGAGUUUCUUGAAAGAAUUAUUGAAGAACAUGUAAACAAGGAAAAUUGGGAGGAUGCUAGAAGUAAUGAAGGAGAAGACUUUGUUGACGUUUUACUAGAUCUGCAAAAACACAACACAUCCGAUAAUAAUCUUUGCAGAGACUCCCUUAAAGCUCUCAUCAUGGAAGCAUUUGCAGCUGGAACAGAUACUACAUAUGCAACUCUGGAGUGGGCAAUGAGUGAACUAAUAAAAAACUCAAGAGUAAUGAAAAAGCUCCAAGAAGAAGUAACUGAAAUAGCACAAGGAAGAGACAUGAUUUCCGAGGAGGAUUUGGAGAAAAUGCCUUAUCUUAAGGCUGUCAUAAAAGAGACUUUGCGAUUGCAUCCUCCAUUCUCACUUCUACUUCCCAGAAAAUCAAUGCAAGAUGUAAAACUAAUGGGGUAUGAUAUUGCAGCUGGCACACAAGUGUUUAUUAAUGCGUGGGCAAUAGGAAGAGAUCCUGCCUUGUGGGAAGAACCAAAUGAGUUUAGGCCAGAGAGGUUAUUGUACGAUUCCAUUAAUUAUCAAGGGUUGCAGUUUGAAUGGAUUCCAUUCGGCGUUGGCAGAAGAUCAUGCCCCGGUAUUCAAUUUAGUGUACCUGUUAUGGAGCUUGCAUUAGCAAAUAUAGUUUACAAAUUUGAUUUGAGCUUGCCAGGGAUAAAAAAUGAGGAUUUGGACAUGAGUGAGGCAUUUGGUGUCACAAUCCAUAGGAAGUGCUCUCUCAUAGUUUCUGUCAUUCCUCGGUUCUCGUAGUUUCUCUUACCAUAUGUAAAUUUCCAUGAUGUUGAACUUGGGUACUAACCAUUUGCCAAUGCAAUUGUUAGAAAAAGAAACAAAAUAAUUUAGAGAAAAUUAUGGAUCUUCAACAUCAUCUCUAUAUUUAUCAAAAUCUUUCCUUUUAUUCA